AUGAUGCUGCUUUGUUUAUCUACUCAAUACAGCCAUAGUAAAAAAAAGUCAUUUAAAUUAAAGAAGUCCGAAUCGCUUCGUCGGUAUAGUCAUGAAGAUAUUCUUCAUAGUCCAAGUCAUCGUCGUAAUAAUUCAGCUAAUUCUGUCGAUGUUUUUAAUUUAAUUGUUCCAACAAAUUCUGAUUCAGUAUUAUCACAAUUAACAUGUCCUAUAUGCUCAUUACCAAUGAUAAAUCCAACUGUAUUACCAUGUCAACAUACAUUUUGUUUUCAAUGUAUAAAAAAUAAUCAAGAAGCUCGUUCAAAUUCAUUACCAAUGCAUUCCAAUAAUUGUUUAUUAUCAAAUACAGAUAAAAAAGCAGUAAUAAUAUGUCAAAAAUGUUCACGUACACAUCUUUUAAAAUCUAUAUCAGAUUUAGAAGAAAAUCAUUCACUACAAUUAUUAAUAAAUACACUUUUAUGUGAUCAAUGUCAUCAAUUAGAUUUAUCAAAACAACUUGAUACAUGUUCUACUUGUUAUCGUGUAUUUUGUAUAAAUUGUUAUCAAGAACAUGUUCAAAGUCAUGGACAUGAUUCAAUAACAAAUAAAAAUCUUUAUCGAAUUGAAUCUACGGAUGAAACAGUCAAUAUAAGUAUAGCAUUAAAUUCAAAUUCAAAUGAUCAAUCUUCAAACAGUCAAAUAUUUAAACCACGAUCAUUUAAUAAUGAAAAAAAGUUAGCAACUGAAUUAACGAAACCAAUUGUAGUCAAAGAAAAUAAUGAAGAUGAAAAUACCGAUUCAUCAGAAACAAAUAAUACAAAGAAAAAAUCGAAGAUUAUUAGUAUGAUGAUGAGUCCUUCUCGACGUCGUCGAUCAACUAAUGUAUCUAAUAAAGAUUUUAUAACAAAAACUUCUUCAUCAUCUAUUACGAAACAAUCAUUUUCAAAGAAAUUUUUUCCUCAAAAAAAAUUACGUAUCAAUACAAAUAUGGAAGAAACAUCAACAACUGAAUCUAUACAAACAACAAUACCCAUUACACCUGUUCGUCGAUUUUUAAAUCUUACUGAUCAAUAUACAUAUACUGUUCAACAUAUCAAACAAUGUAAACAAAGACAAACAGAAUUACAUCGAACUGUUGAAAAACUUAUUGAAGUAUUAACAACAAAAACAAAUGAAAGUAUUUACCAAAUAUCACAAUAUUGGAUUCAUUUAAAACAAACAUUAUUAGACCGAUUCAACUCAAAAACUAAUCGACUAUUAUUAUUUGAUUAUUUAUUAAAAAGUUGUUGUUCGAGUUUAGAUUCUCGAAAACAAAUCGAUUUAUAUGUUGAAAAAAAUCAUGAAAUUAAAGAAGCACUUGAACAUCUAUCGACAACAUUAAUCAUUGUUACUAAUCAACAGUCUCUAAUAACCGUAAGUCAACUAUUUGAUCAUGAAGAACAAGGAGCAAUACGUACAUUAAAACGACAACUUGAAUCAUUACUAUCAUCAUAUGCUGAUACACUUUCAUUAAUUAACGAAUGUAUUAACGUAUAUGAGUCUCGUUUUGCUACAUGGAAAGAGCCUAAUCCAAAUUAUUUAGAUUCAAUAAUUGAUGGUUGGACACAAAUUAUCAAAGAGGAUUAUCCACCACUAAUAGAAAAAAUAUCCAAUGAUUUUAUAACAACAAUACCACAAUUAGAAAAAACUCUUUUACAAAUGCUUUAUAAUGUGGAACAACGUUUGCUAAAUAUCAAUAAUCAAAAAAACAAUCGAAGGACUAAUGUUUCUUAA